CCAUGUAAAUAGACUAGCGAGGCCUUUAGACAAUUACUAUUGCAAUAUCUGUCACAUAUUUAAUUUUAAUUCAAAUCUUAGCUAGUUUCAUUCUUUUACAAUAGAUUUUUAGUUUUCUUAUUUGCUUCAUUAAAUAGUUUAUUUUUGUGGAUUUAAAAAGUUGUUUGAUUGUAAAAAGUAGCUUAGUAUUGAUUAAAACACGUAAAAAUGUCAAUUUUUGGCAAAGACCGUCAGUUCAUGUCAGACUUGGAGCUUGAAGAAGCGAAUUCGUCUCUUCUGAAUGACUCAAGUAAUAGACAUGAUCGCACAAAUAAAACACAGCAGCAGCUGAGAAAUACACAGCCAUCACUGUAUAAUAAAAACGCAAACAAACAACAGAGAAAUAGCAAUACCAUUACAAACUCAAACGGCAAUAGUACGCAAAACCAACAGCGUGAUCUUUACAACAAUACUGGUAAAAGUAGUAGUAAUACAGCAUCUAAUGCGAACCAAAAUAGCCGACAGAAUCUAUCACAAGCAAGAGAUACGAGAGAAGUUAACGCGACAGGGGGUCCAAUUGUAGACAACCGAAGAGAAAGUCAAGACUCGACCAGAGACCGAGAGUUCAACGACAUCUUCAGCCAGCUUGGGCAGAACAACUCAAGUAGGAAUCGAAGAAAGGAGAGUUCAAGUGAUCCAAGUAGAAGACAGCCGAACGGGUCUCAAGGAGCAUCUAGACACAGUCCAGGUGCGCAGGAGGAGGAUUUGAUUGACAUGAACUCCGAUGUGGGUCUGCUGCCCCCACUGGGUCGAAACGGGACUGGGGCGAGGGGGAUGUCUCCGGUGCACAGUGACCAUCCAUCUGACUUCACAGAUACAACGUGGAACUCCAGGGCAGGAUUGGUGGCUGCUCCUCCUGCGAGCCGCCCUUCUACUCAACCGAGGCCAAGUGGAGGACCCGGAGUGACAUCUCAACCCAGACCUAGUUACACACAGAGAGACAGAGGCAGUGCAAUAGAACAAGAGCCAGGCUACGUAAUGAAUACUGGUGAGAGGAAUACAUACCAGCGUGGAUUUUCCACUGGGGACCGAAGCGAGAGAUACCAGACGAUGCCCAGACCCAUAACUCCACCCCGACCCGAAAUGGAAAUGGGGACAGCGGGCUAUGGUACGGGCCCUGUGUAUAACACUUACGGACUGGACACCCUUCAAAGGGGAGGAGGGGGAGGCGGAAUGGAUGAUGAUCGCAGAUCCCACUUUUCAGUGGCGACUUCUGUAGUAAGCACCGUUCCGUUAUCAACUCAACCAGCUGCAACCAAGACUAUGAGUGGUCUCUACGCUCUCUUGCUAAUCAUGUUGGGAGUCGCAGUUACUAUGGGCGAUAUUGUCUCUCGAAGAAGCUACGAUCCGAAGUACGCUGAUUUCUACGCUAUGUAUGUCUACGGGGGAGGCACUAUCGCAGCUCUGUAUCUCUGUCUGGCAUGUAUUUAUGGCAAAAGACGGGGCAGUGCGCCCGUUGACCAUCACAAUGGAUCCAUUUAUAUCAGAAUUGGAGCGGCUGUCUUCUGUUUGGGAAGUCUGGCUCAUUCGGCUAUCAUUAUUGCGGAGACGUUUCAGUAUCAGGAUCACUGUUAUAUCUACGCACGCCUCGGAAGCAUAUCUCUUCGUGCUCUCUUCCAAGUCACACAACUGUUCGUCGUUCUCAUACAUUCAAAGGUUUGUAUCCAGAGCUGGAAUGGUCUGGCGCGUUUAGUGCUGGCGCAUGUGAUAGCUGCCAACUUCCUCAUGUGGUUCAACAUCACCCUCAAGGAGACUUUGGAGAGCAUUGUUGUGAAUGUGCCGAGACACUACCACAACAUCCGCAUGUUCUGCCAAAGGGACUACGCUAACUCAUUCACAGACAUGGAGGAGGAGUCCAAUCCAAUUCUGGUGCCGAUGGCAGUAGCCUACUGUGUGAUAGCUGGCUUCAUGCUCUUCUCCAUGUGGAGGAACAUUGGCAAGGACUACUCGGUCGAGCACAGAGAGGAGAGCUGCGAGGAACACGAGAAACAACUGUCGUUCCAGUGCAGAGAAGGCGUGCUUGGAGUGAUGGCUGGUGCAUUCUCCAUCCUGGCCAGCAUAUCCAUCCUAGUGCUGUGGAUCAUGUUCUCAAAUGACAGGUCUCUCUACGACUACCUGGUCUCAAUCUACCAGACAUACAAUGCCAUUUGGUUGGGCAUACUUAUCCUUCUGUUCCCUGUGGCAGCAGCCGCUCUGAAGAGACACCGCAAACAGGACCACUAUCACAACUCUCUAAAUAGACCCAUUCUAAUCCUGACCACGACAGGAACGUUUGCCUACUGUAUCUUAAAUAUCAUGUCCUCUGCUGUUUUAAUCAUCCACUCUUUUUCGAUACUCGCUCUGGCUACAUUGGUUGGCUACUCUGUGCAUACAAUACAGGCGGCAAUUCAAACUGUCUAUUUACUAGACGGACUCAGAAGAUGUCCCCGUAGGAAACGCAAGCCACCUUCAAAGAGUUUUGUUCUAUUCUUCCUCCUCGUCAACGUCUCCCUGUGGAUUACAAUCAUCUUCGAGCUGAAGGAGACGUCUCUGAACCCUUUACAAGAAGACUUCUACGGAAUCAUAAACUGGAAUGUCAUGCUGCAUUUUGUUGGCCCAAUUGCUAGUCUUUACAGGUUCCACUCAGUCUGCUGUUUUAUCGAUGUCUGGAAAUUUGCAUAUUAAUUUUCAUAAAUUAGUUUUUUUUAAUAUAAAUUUGUUAGAUUUCUUUUGUUUUCUCACCCCUGAUGCAUUUCUUCUAUCAUUUAAGUUACCCUAAAUUUAAUUUUUGCAAUUUA